AUGGAAAAUAUGCUCAUUAAGGAUAAACUUGUUACUAAUAUUGAUUCUACUACAAAUAUUGAUUCUAUUGCAAACAUUUCUACUGAUGAUGAUUUUGAUGAUGCUGGUUUAAACGAUGAUAACAAUGGGGAAAGAAACAAUAUUGAUGAUGGUUUUGUUGAGGUAAAUUUGAAUGUCCCAUGUCUUGAAAAUAGAACUUUUGAUGAUUCCUUUGACGAUGCAUACAUAUGUAAUGUUCCUGAUGCUAGUUCUGCACCUCACACUCUUGAAGAUAACCAUUUACCACUUCCUCGUGUAUCCCCUAGUGAUCAUUGUAAUGAAAGAAGUCAUGUUAGUAGUACACCAAGCUCAAAUGCAACAAGUAUUGAUGAAGAUGUUUUUUGUGUUGGUCAAUAUUUUGUGGAUAAGAAAGAGUUGAAGAUGAAAGUACACAUGCUUGCUAUACGACGAAACUUUGAAUUCAAAGUGAAAAAAUCAAAUAAGAAAUUAGUGGUUUUGGUUUGUGUUGACCCCAAUUGUAAGUGGAGAAUUCGUACGACAAAGACAUGUGCAACAGGUUUGUUUGUUAUUCGCAAGCAUUGUAAUGAACACACUUGUUCUUUAGAAAUGCGACAAAAUCAUCAUCGGCAAGCAACUUGUUCUAUUAUUGCAGAAUACUUGAAAGCGAGAUAUGAAGGUGUGAAAAAAGGUCCAAAUCCAGCACAAAUAGUUAAUGAGAUGAACAAGAAUCUUGGUGUAAAGUGUAGUUAUUGGAAGGCAUGGAAGGCAAGAAAGUGCGCACAUGAACUUAUAAGGGGUUCAGCGGCAAACAGUUAUCCAAAACUCCCCUCUUACUUGUACAUGGUCCAAAAGUCUAAUCCUGUUAUAUCUAUUGAUGGAACUCAUUUGAAAAACCAAUUUGGAGGAACUUUACUCAUUGCAACUGCACAAGAUGGAAAUUUUCAAAUUUAUCCUCUUGCUUUUGGUAUUGUUGAUUCUGAGAAUGAUGCAUCUUGGAAUUGGUUUUUGACAUGCUUACGAGAUCAAGUGCCUGAUACUACUGAUUUAGUGUUUAUAUCUGAUAGACACAAAAGCAUUAUAAAGGGAGUUCGAAAUGUAUAUAAAAAUGCUUACCAUGGAGCUUGUAUGUGGCAUCUUAGACAAAAUAUAAAGACAAAAUUUAGUGGUAAAGGUUUGAAAAAGUUGUUUGAGAAGAUGGCAAAAGCGUACAGAGUUUCAGAGUUCACAAAGUUAUUUGCUGAGAUUUCUACAAAAAAACCAAGUCUGGCAACAUACCUGAAGAAUGCAUCUUUUGAAAGCUGGUCCAUAUGUCAUUUCCAUGGUAAUCGAUACAACAUCAUGACCACCAACAAUUCUGAGUCAUUGAACCAAGUUUUUAGAGAAGCUCGAGAAUGGCCCAUCAUUCCUUUAUUGGAGGAAAUUAUCACUACACUCUCCAGAUGGUUCUAUGAGAGAAGGACAAAUGCAAAUUCUUGUCCAACACCACUUACAGUUGACGCAGAAGAUAUAAUGAGACAAAGAUACGAACAAUCAAGGUACAUGAGAGUUACACCCAUUAAUCUAAGUGAGUUCCAUGUUAAAGGUGAGCCACUAGACGGUCUAGUUAAUAUUGAGGAACAUUCUUGUACAUGUCGAGAGUUUGACAUUGAUAAGAUUCCAUGUAUUCAUGGAAUCGCUGCAGCAAUGCAUUGUGGAGUAGAUGUUUAUAGUCUAUGCUCAAAAUUCUACACGACUGAAUUUUGGAGGAUGGCUUAUGCAGAAUCUAUUUACCCUUUACCACCUGAAAUAGAAUGGCUUCUUCCAGAAGAGGUUAAGUCUCAAGUCGUUAUCAAACCAGUUAAGUUAAUUCCCCCAGGGAGACCAAAGAAUAAACGAUUUCCUUCGAGAGGAGAGUUUUCAAAGGAGAAAAGUAAUUCUGCACCUGAAUCUUCAUCAAAGAAAGUAAAGGGUAAGGUUUCUGAUGUUGAUGGGGGAAAAAAACAACGAAAGUGUUCCAAUUGUGGAUGUUAUGGGCACAACAAAACCACAUGCAAGAAGUGA